AUGGCUGCAGAAGAAGAAGAAGAAGAAGAAGAAGUGCUUCUCAGCCUCUUUGAUUCAUACUGGUUUGAACAUGGAAUUUUGAGCAAGAAAUCCCCUUCAAAACCCCAAGAAGCAACGAACCCAAGUCUCCAAGUGGACCAAUCAGCCCAAGAAGCAACCCAACAACAAGUACCAAAUUUCCCCAGCCUUUCAUGCUUGCCAAGAUCUCUAAGUGACGACCAAUCUUUAAACACCAAGGGGAGCCUCUUCUCUUCUGAUUCUCUCUCCCCACACUCAAUCCUCAUGAGCACCACACCAAAAUUCCAAACAGUUUUCUCUGGUAAACAAGUCAUAGAGUUCUCCAAACAAAGUGUGAAACAAGAACAAGUGCCAGCAGCUCAGACAAAAAGGGUCCAUGGUCGUGGUGAAAGAAACAGAAGUAGAAGAAGAGUAGGGCCCAGCAAGAGCUUGUCUGACCUGGAGUUUGAUGAGCUCAAGGGUUUUAUGGAUUUGGGUUUUGUGUUCACUGAGGAAGACAAAGAUUCAAAAUUGGUUUCCAUAAUUCCUGGUUUGCAAAGGCUUGGAAGUAUUGGGGAACAAGAUAGAGAUGAAGAGGAUCAGAGAAAUAAUAAUAAUGAUAAUAAUAUUGAUCCAAGUAGUCAUCAUGUGGUUUCAAGGCCCUAUCUGUCUGAGGCUUGGGAUGCUUUGGAUCAAAGAAAGAAAGAGAACAAAUUGGUGAAUUGGAGAAUACCAGCUAAUUUAGGUAAGGACAUGAAGCAUAAUCUCAGGUUUUGGGCUCAUACUGUUGCAUCAACUGUAAGAUAA